AUGCCAAAAAUUAUACCUGAUCAACUACCGUUGAAUAAUAACGCCUUGAAGGAACUCCAGCGUCUGAGGGCUACCGAACAGUCGCGUUUGUUUAAAGAAUGUGGUGAAGAAUUAAAAGAUACUAUGUACCAAUGUCUAGAGAGUGUUCAAGAGGCGAAAGAAAUCGCUCCAUUGUUGGAAUCUCUUGCUGAAUGUGCAGCUACCUUAGAGAAACAAGAAAACCAAUAUAACAACAUGGCACUAAAUUUGGAACUUGCUAAGAAACAAUAUACCACCGAAUCAGAAAACUGUAAAGAAGUUACCUUAGAAACAUGGGAUGAAUAUGUAGAUAAGACUCUAAAUGCACCAAAUUUGAUAGAUAUUCUGAAAAUGGAAAGAUCAGAAGAGAUAAAAUCUCAAACGCGGCGUUUACCAAAUUCACGUAUAUCUGAUACGAAUAAAACUUUAAGAAUCUUACCGCAAAUAUGGGAAAAUCCAAGGUGUGUUCUACCAGAUGAUAAUGAUAAUGAGGAUGAUCUGAUGAUUGAUGGUGGUAUCAUAGAGCUGACAUGUCCCAUCACUUGUAAAAUGUUUGAGAAGCCAUUAAUAUCGAAACAAUGUAACCAUGUCUUUGAUGAAGAAGGGCUCAAGAGCUAUUUUUCAAGAGAACCUCGUCGUGAUUGUCCACAAACUGGUUGCAGUAAAAUCCUAACUUUUAGAGAUUUUAUACCUGACCCAGUGAUGGCAUUACGUUGUCGUAUCGCACAAAUUCAGGAGACCAAACACCUUGAAGUAGGUGAACAUGAAUCGUUGGAUGUGUUAUAG